ACUGUUCUAUAUAUAUUUGCUGGUGAAUCUUUGAAGAAAGAUGGAGAGUGUCGGAAAUGCAUACGUUGAAUGUGAAAGUGACGAUUAUCCUUUCAUAUAUUUGGUUGAUGAGGUUAUGGAUGAGGUUAAACAAACUACAAAAAUCAUAACCCAGGUAGAAGACAAGCUCACUGAAAGAGUCAUUGAGGAAUUUAUAAUGUUCCAUGCUAAUAAAAGGAAUAAUGCAUCUCCUUCUUCUUCUUCUCGCGUAAAGGCUGAAGAGAAUGGUGAACCCAGGUUUGGUGAAAUAACAAAGAAAAAGAGGAGCGGUGCACGUAAAAGAAAGAGGGUUGUUGAAGAAGGAAACUGGCCUAGCCUUUCUGCAUACACAACUGAACACCAACAGAGAACUAGCAUUGCCGAGGUUAGGGCUGGUCCUCCAGAAAGGUGCUUUCAACUUAGUAAUGAUGUUGGGGUGAAUGAUCAGAACUUGUCGAAGAAGAGGAAGAUGAAUAAUUCUGAAGAAGUGGCAUGGCCAAGUGUGUUAAGGAGAACAGUAGAAGAAAAGGGUGGUUCUGAGGUAAAUCUGUUAAUAACAAAGAAACUCACGAAUACUGAUAUAGCCAAGACCCAAAAUAGGGUUUCAAUACCUUUAAAUCAGGUGAAAAAUAAUGGGUUUUUGAGAGAUGAGGAGAUUAGGAUGCUGAAUGAACGCGAUGGCAAACACUUGAAAGGAAUAAAUGUUAUGUUCGUAGGACCAUCUGAAUCUGAUGAUAGGAAGGGGAUCGAAUUAUCCUUAAGGAAGUGGAAUAUGAAGAAUAACAGCAGUUAUAAUUUAGCGACUGCUUGGUAUCCCAAAGUGGUCACGAACAACAUGAAACUUUUCCAAAAUAAUCCCACUGUUCAGUUUUGGACAUUUCGUUGCAAUGGUGAUCAGCUCUGGUUUCAACUUGUUAUUGUUAAGGAUGAAGAAGAUGGUGCCAACAGUACUCCUAGCACGAACGGGGAUCAUCAGGCAGCAACAUCAAGUACUCCUAGCACCGACGGGGAUCAUGAGGCAGCCACAUCAAGUACUCCUAGCACCGACGGGGAUCAUGAGGCAGCCACAUCAAGUACUCCUAACACCAAUGGGGAUCAUGAGGCAGCCACAUCAAGUACUCCUAAUACCAAUGGAGAUCAUGAGGCAGCCACCAACGGAGAUCAUCAGACAGCCAAAUCAAGUUCUGAUAAUGUCACUGUAUUUCAACUGUGUGUGCCUGCAAGCACAUAA